AUGUCUGUGAUUGAGUAUGAGACUCAAUUUAAUCGUAAGUCACGUUUUGCUUUACGAUUCUUAUCUUCUGAACAUGAUCGAAUAGAGCAUUUUGUUGAUGUUCUGAGGAGAGAAAUAUGGGAGUUUGUUGUUAAUCGUGAUAUUUCGAGUUUCAGUAAAGUUGUGGAGUAUGCUCGUCGCCGUGAACAUGAUUUAACAAAAAUUGAGGAACCAACUUCUGAAUCAAAAAGGCAACAAACUGAAAGAACCUUCUCUGUACCUACUCAACGACAAUCUCGAUCUUUCACUCCUAGAAGGAGUCAAUCUCAAAACAUUCCGCGUGCCCAAUCACAAGUCUAUUCACUUCAAUCUAAUGCGUCACGUCCUUGUCAAAGAUGUGGCAAAACUCACCAAGGGCGAUGCCUUACUGAAACAACAAACUUGAAAUGUUUUUGUUGUGGGGAAAUGGGUCACGUUCGUGUAAACUGCCCAAAAAAAAAUCGAGCAUGUUAUUCUUAUGGAGUUUUUGGGCACCGACAAUUUGAAUGCCCCCGUAUGAGGCGGGAAGAAAGUAAGGCGUCAAUGCAGCAACCGCCGGUGGGUGGUGCUUCAAGUCAAAAGGAGGAGGUACCCAAAGCACAAGCUCGAGCUUUUCAGAUUACCGCGGAGGAGGCUCGCAAUGAGGCAGACGUCAUUACUGGUAUUUUCUUUGUUAACUCUAGACCUACUUGUAUCUUGUUCGAUUCUGGAGCUACAAAUUUUUUUGUGUCGCAUGUCUAUGUUCGUUAUCUAGAAUAUGUGCCAGUUAUGCUUUCUAUACCAUUUACCGUUGAUACUGGUAAUGGAGUCACUUUGAUAGCUGAUAGAGUGUUUAGAGACUGCACUUUAGUGUUAGACGAACAUGAAUUUUUUGUAGAUUUGAUUCCUAUGGAUAUCCAUGGUUUCGAUGUCGUGAUUGGUAUGGAUUGGUUAGUGAAGAACCGUGCGGAUAUCAUUUGUUUUGAGAGGAUGAUUCGGGUACCAAUUGAGAAUGGAGACUACUUAUACAUUUAUGGGGAAAGACGUAUAGGCGACUUGAAGGUAAUAUCUAUGCUUAAAGCACGACGUUAUAUUGCUAAGGGUUUCUCUUCUUUCAUGGCAUAUUUUUGGAUGCAACCAAAGAAAUGA